CACCGCCUGCCGCUCGACGUCGCCUACCGGCGCGGCUGCUUGGACGCCGAGAUGAAGGAGGCUCUGGAGGAGCUGCGAGCCUUCUACUGCCCCGGCAGCCAGCAGAACGUCAGCUACGCGCAGCUGCAGCAGAGCUGCCGCCGGGACGAGCGGACGGGCUUCCUCCUGCUGCCGCUGUCGGACGCCGCCAUCCAGGCGCAGCAGGAGGAGAUCUACACGGACGCUCAGGCCGAGGAGAGCUUCGGCAAGGCCACGGUGGAGGUGCCGGCCGGCAGCCUGCGCGGCCGCACGGUGAGCGUGUGGGAGCUGAUCCACUCGGAGUACUUCAGCGAGGAGCAGCGGCGGGAGCUGCUGCGGCAGUACAAGACGGGCAAAGUGACCGUGGAGAAGAUCAUCAAGAUCGUCAUCACCAUCAUCGAGGAGACGGAGAGCAGGAAGCAGGAGAAGCUGAGCUUCACGGGGCUGCGGGCGCCGGUGCCGGCCAGCGAGCUGCUGGAGUCGCGCAUCCUCAGCGCGGCGCAGUACCAGCAGCUGAAGGACGGCCGCGCGACGGUGAAGGAACUGGCCGAGACGGAGGCGGUGAGGCGGUUCCUGCACGGCAGCGACUGCAUCGCCGGCGUCUACGUGGAGGCCACCAAGGAGAAGCUGAACAUCUACGAGGCCAUGAGGAGGAACCUGCUGCGGGCCAGCACCGCCGUGGUCCUCCUGGAGGCGCAGGCGGCCACCGGCUUCCUCAUCGACCCGGUGAGGAACCGCAAGCUGUACGUCAACGAGGCGGUGAAGGCCGGCGUGGUGGGACCGGAGCUGCACGAGAAGCUGCUGUCGGCCGAGAAGGCCGUCACCGGCUACAAGGACCCCUACUCGGGGAACACCAUCUCGCUCUUCGAGGCCAUGCAGAAGGGGCUGAUCGUCCGGGAGCACGGCAUCCGCCUGCUGGAGGCCCAGAUCGCCACCGGCGGCAUCAUCGACCCCGUGCACAGCCACCGCCUGCCCGUCGAGGUGGCCUACAAGCGCGGGCUGUUCGACGAGGAGAUGAACCGCGUCCUGUCCGACCCCAGCGACGACACCAAGGGCUUCUUCGACCCCAACACGCACGAGAACCUCACCUACCUGCAGCUGAAGGAGCGCUGCGUCGAGGACCCCGAGACGGGGCUGCUGCUGCUGCUGCUGCGGGAGCCCGAGAAGCCGACGGUGGUGGAGACGACGCGGGUGUACACGGAGGAGGAGACGCGGAAGGUGUUCGAGGAGACGCAGGUGGACAUCCCCGUGGGCAGCCGGGCCGGCUCCUCCAUGUCGCUGUGGGAGAUCAUGCACUCGGAUCUGCUGCCCGAGGAGCAGCGGCGGCAGCUGAUGGAGGAGUUCCAGACGGGCCGCGUCUCCAAGGAGCGCAUGAUCAUCAUCAUCAUCGAGAUCAUCGAGCGCACCGAGAUCAUCCGGCAGCAGAACCUCACGUCCUACGACUACGGCCGGCGCCGCAUCACGGCCGAGGACCUCUUUGAGGCCAAGGUGAUCUCGCAGGACAUCUACCGGCUGCUGAAGGACGGCUCCAGGACCUUCCGCCAGCUGCUGGAGGACGAGGCCGUCCGCAGGUGCCUCUACGGCUCGGGCUGCGUCGCCGGCAUCUACGUGCCCUCCUCCAAGCAGACGCUGAGCGUCUACCAGGCGCUGAAGAAGGGGCUGGUCGGCGCCGAGGUGGCCCGCAGCCUGCUGGAGGCCCAGGCGGCCACCGGCUUCCUGGUGGACCCCGUCAAGAACGAGAUGCUGACGGUGGACGAGGCCGUGCGCAAAGGCGUGGUGGGGCCCGAGAUCCACGACCGCCUGCUGUCGGCCGAGAGGGCCGUCACCGGGUACCGGGACCCCUACAGCGAGCAGAAGAUCUCCAUCUUCCAGGCCAUGAAGAAGGACCUGGUGCCGAGCGAGGAGGCCCUCAAGCUCCUGGACGCCCAGCUGGCCACCGGCGGCGUCGUCGACCCGCACCUGGGCUUCCACCUGCCCCUGGAGGUGGCCUGCCACCGCGGCUUCAUCAACAAGGAGACGUACGACAUGCUGUCCGAGCCCAGCGAGGUGCGCAGCUUCGUGGACCCGUCCACCGACGAGAAGCUGAGCUACACGCAGCUGCUGCGGCGCUGCCGCAAGGACGAGGGCAGCGGGCUGCUGCUGCUGCCGCUGGGCGACGCGCGCCAGCUCACCUUCCGCGGGCUGCGCAAGCAGAUCACCGUGGAGGAGCUGGUCCUGUCGCAGGUGAUGGACGAGGCCACGGCGCAGCGGCUGCACGAGGGGCUGACGUCCAUCGAGGAGGUCUCCAAGAACCUGAAGACGUUCCUGGAGGGCACCAGCUGCAUCGCCGGCGUCUUCGUGGACUCCACCAAGGAGCGGCUCUCCGUCUACCAGGCCAUGAAGAAGGGCAUCAUCCGGCCCGGCACCGCCUUCGAGCUCCUGGAGGCGCAGGCGGCCACGGGGUACGUCAUCGACCCCAUCAAAGGGCUGAAGCUGACGGUGGAGGAGGCCGUGCGCAUGGGCAUCGUGGGGCCCGAGUUCAAGGACAAGCUGCUGUCGGCCGAGCGCGCCGUCACCGGCUACAAGGACCCCUACACCGGGAAGCUCAUCUCCCUCUUCCAGGCCAUGAAGAAGGGGCUGAUCCUGAAGGACCACGGCAUCCGCCUGCUGGAGGCCCAGAUCGCCACCGGCGGCAUCAUCGACCCCGAGGAGAGCCACCGCCUGCCCGUCGAGGUGGCCUACAAGCGCGGGCUGUUCGACGAGGAGAUGAACGAGGUCCUGUCCGACCCCAGCGACGACACCAAGGGCUUCUUCGACCCCAACACGGAGGAGAACCUCACCUACCUGCAGCUGAUGGAGCGCUGCGUCACCGACCCCGAGACGGGGCUGCGCCUGCUGCCGCUGAAGGAGAAGAAGCGCGAGAGGAAGACCUCGUCCAAGUCCUCGGUCCGCAAGCGCCGCGUGGUCAUCGUCGACCCGGAGACGGGCAAGGAGAUGUCGGUGUACGAGGCGUACCGCAAGGGCCUCAUCGACCACCAGACCUACCUGGAGCUGUCGGAGCAGGAGUGCGAGUGGGAGGAGAUCACCACCUCGUCCUCGGACGGCGUGGUCAAAUCCAUGAUCAUCGACCGGCGCUCGGGCCGCCAGUACGACAUCGACGACGCCAUCUCCCGCGGCCUGAUCGACCAGUCGGCGCUGGACCAGUACCGCUCCGGCACGCUCUCCAUCACCGAGUUCGCCGACAUGCUCUCCGGCAACAUGAGCGGCUUCCGCUCGCGCUCGUCCUCCGUGGGCUCCUCCUCCUCCUCCUACUCGGCCAGCCCGGCCCCGCCGAGGCUGCCGGGCGCCGUCUGGACCGACCCCAGCGAGGAGACGGGGCCGGUGGCCGGCAUCCUGGACACCGACACGCUGGAGAAGGUGUCCAUCACCGAGGCCAUGCGCCGCAACCUGGUGGACAACAUCACGGGGCAGCGGCUGCUGGAGGCGCAGGCCUGCACCGGCGGCAUCAUCGACCGCACGGGCGAGCGCUACUCGGUGGCCGACGCCGUGAGCAAGGGGCUGGUGGACAGGAUCAUGGUGGACCGCAUCAACCUGGCGCAGAAGGCCUUCUCCGGCUUCGAGGACCCGCGCACCAAGACCAAGAUGUCGGCGGCGCAGGCGCUGAAGAAGGGCUGGCUGUACUACGAGGCCGGGCAGCGCUUCCUGGAGGUGCAGUACCUGACCGGGGGGCUGAUCGAGCCCGACGCCGCCGGCCGAGUCUCCCUGGACGAGGCGCUGCAGAAGGGCACCAUCGACGCGCGCACGGCGCAGAAGCUGCGCGACGUCGGCACCUACGCCAAGUACCUCACGUGCCCCAAGACCAAGCUGAAGAUCUCCUACAAGGACGCCAUGGAGCGCAGCAUGAUCGAGGACGGCACCGGCCUGCGGCUGCUCGAGGCCUCGUCCCGCUCCUCCAAGGGCUACUACAGCCCCUACAACGUCAGCGGCGCCGGCUCCGCCGCCGGCUCGC